CUUUGUUGUGCGCCUUCCAUGGUUCUGCAUUUAUUUACUUCUUGUUAUAACUGUAAAUUACCAAAUACACAUUUAUAUGACUAGAAUCCACGGACAUCCUUUUACAGUUUUUCAUUUUCCAAGAAAAAUCCGGCGCAAUGGCACCGACCGAGACAAAAAUCCUCAGCGACUAUUUGCUAGUCCCCGCACAGCUGCCUGCAAUCAUCUCCUUGCAAGAGUUCACUGAGCUUUUCCCGCGAUCCCUUCAAUCUUCGCCUCAAGUCAGAAAUUUGUAUCGCGAUCUGCAGACACAGAGAAAUGCCGUCGUCGACUCAGUUGCGGCCGAGAUCGAGGCGGAGGCCAAGCGCGGCAAGGCAAUGCGCCGAGUCAUGAUCAAGGCCAAAAGGGAGGAGGAGUCGCAAGAGAACGAUGACGAAGCUGAAAUUGAACGGAUUCUGUUUGGCUCGACUUCUGAUUCACAAACUUCCAAACAUAGCAUUGGUUCCAUUCUUCCCGACCUUGAAGGCGCCGUGUCGGAGCUUGAGAGCGAGCUUCAGCUUCUUGGAGAGGAAGAGGCAGCACUUAUGGCGUCCAUUCAACGAACAGUGGGCAGCAUGAGCGAUCUACGCUACGGCCGCUUUGCUAAUGGCCAACUCCGUGAUCAAGUGCUCGAGGGGCUGGCGAGCUUGCGCGAGACUUGUAAAUCCAAAUAUUAAUCAUAUUUGUGAUAUGGAAUCGCUCAAGGGUCGACAAACGCGCUGAUAGACCUAGCCGAGCCAUCAUGACAACCCGAAUCUACAAUACACCUCUCAACCGUACUCAACACUCAGCAAGCCGAUAGCCCUUCACCUGUCAAGCUCGGUCCUCUAGCGACCCCCGCGAACAAUAACUCGCUCUUCCUACCCACCUUACCCCGCGAUGCUGGACAACAACAGCAGCAGUAGAGAAUCAACAAGCCGCUGCUGACACUACCACCGAUUCAUACGCCCAGUAACGAGUCUUUGACCAAGCAGACGCCAAGGAUAGACCCUUUUGGAACCGAUCCUGCAGUUCGUCACCCUCCUUCGAGUCAUUCACGCCAAUUGCUCCUCCCAAAAAAUUCCAGUCAACAUGUUCAAAAUCAAAUUCAAGCAAAUCGUCAUGACGGUUGAGACUAGACAAAUUGUACCAAAUGCUAUAACGAGAGCUAAAACGCGUAGCACUUUAGUGGCGAGGU